GGAGCACUUCAGUGCCAAACCUGCACAAAUCAGACGUGUUCAAGCACAGUAACAGUGAACUGUUCUUCAGAGACCAUGUGUGUUACAGCUACUAUUUUAGCUACCUCAUCUGGAACUACAGCAACACAAUUCUACAAGGCGUGUGCAUCUUCCUCUCUGUGUCCAGCUACGGGCAAUCAGACAUUUUCAGUUAACCUGGGUGUUCAAAGUGUUCUUGCAUCUGCCACGUGCUGCAACACGGAUAACUGCAACUCACAAAAUCUGCCUGCUCCUACUCCUCAGUCAAGUAACGGCCUACUAUGUAACACUUGUGUCGCCUCUCAGUGCAACACUACAUUACAGUGUCAGGGAGUGGAGGACCAAUGCUUUCAAUCAAUGAUGAGGGACGGCACCAACAGUUUCCCAGCUUACGGCUGUGCAUCUGCAAACCUGUGUGCAGCUGCUUCAAGCCUGGGUUCUCUACCUUUCAUGCAGAUGGCUGGUACCAUAACAAGUGGACCAAACUGUACUUCACGCACAACCACUGCUGCACCAACCACAACAACAAAAGCUGCUUCAACCACAACUACAGCUGCACCAACAACAACUACUGCUGCACCAACAACAACUACUCCAACUACGACCACUGUUGCCCCAAACACUACAACAACUGCACCAACCACAACAACUGCUGCACCAACCACAACAAUAGUCGUAGAUACCAGAACAACUUCUGCACCAACAUCGACAACAGCUGGAGCACUUCAGUGCCAAACCUGCACAAAUCAGACGUGUUCAAGCACAGUAACAGUGAACUGUUCUUCAGAGACCAUGUGUGUUACAGCUACUAUUUUAGCUACCUCAUCUGGAACUACAGCAACACAAUUCUACAAGGCGUGUGCAUCUUCCUCUCUGUGUCCAGCUACGGGCAAUCAGACAUUUUCAGUUAACCUGGGUGUUCAAAGUGUUCUUGCAUCUGCCACGUGCUGCAACACGGAUAACUGCAACUCACAAAAUCUGCCUGCUCCUACUCCUCAGUCAAGUAACGGCCUACUAUGUAACACUUGUGUCGCCUCUCAGUGCAACACUACAUUACAGUGUCAGGGAGUGGAGGACCAAUGCUUUCAAUCAAUGAUGAGGGACGGCACCAACAGUUUCCCAGCUUACGGCUGUGCAUCUGCAAACCUGUGUGCAGCUGCUUCAAGCCUGGGUUCUACCUUUCAUGCAGAUGGCUGGUACCAUAACAAGUGGACCAAACUUAAAUUUCAAUGA